AUGCACUCAUCUCUCAACCGCUUGCAAGCGGUGUUUGGUUUUUUCACCACCGUCGCGCUGGUCGUCGCCUGCCUAGCCGCGGUCUCAGUGGUUCUAUUCCCCAGCGAUGCCACGGCAUCCGUUUCGCUAAAGAACGUCCAAGUAACCAAGGGUCGCCCACACUACUACUCCACAAAACGCGAAGAAUACGCUCAACUCCGCUUCGACCUCGACGCAGACCUAUCCCCUCUCUUCAACUGGAAUACCAAGCAAGUCUUUGUCUACGUCUACGCUACCUAUUCCUCCUCCGAUAAGACGAACACCCUGGUCCGUCCUUCUGAGGCUAUUAUCUGGGAUUCUAUCAUCGAAGCCUCGCCAUCCCCUUACUCAUGGGACGUGUUGAAGGAAAAGGCCAUCUCGGUGCUUCCGGCCUCGGUGACUGGAAAGACGAAGCGCACCACUAAGAAGGCGAAGGCGAACAAGAAGAAUGUGAAGAAGGAGGAGGCUCAGUCGGGUCUGCUUAGGCUGCGGGGACAGAAGGCCAAGUAUCAGAUCAGUGAUAUCACAGGGAGACUUGCGGAGAGGGGCAAUGUCACGCUUUCCGUGGGGUGGAAUGUGCAGCCUUGGGUUGGUGCUUUGUGGUGGGCGCCUGCGACUGGGGCGGUGCCGAGGACACAGGGGACAAUUGUUUCGAGUGAGGCGUUUGAUUUCCCGGCAUUGAAGGGGAAGAAGGUGGAGGGGCAGCAGGAGAGUGUUUAA